AUGAAUGCUCUGCGUUACUUUAUACUAAUUGCCAUGGGACCGAUCGCAAUAGGCGGAAACUUUGAGUUCAACAAUGUGCGCUGUCUCGUCCGCGAUCGGAAGUUCAUGGAAUUUGAUUACUGCUUUUUGAGAUCUGUGAAUCGCACCUUCAAAUACAUGUCAAUGAAAACCAAGCUGCACAAGCUUCCGAUUACCAACGCCGUGACCAGUCUCCAGGUAAGGAUGCGCGAGAACAAGCGUAUUCUGUACAACUUCGAUGUCCGCUUCGACGCCUGCAAGUUCCUGCGGGAUCGCAGCAACGUAAUUGUCAACUGGAUGUUCCAAACCUUUGCCGAAUUCUCGAACCUCAACCACACCUGUCCCUACCACCAUGAUAUCAUCUUGGAUAAGAUUCCCGUUCAGCAUAUAAACAAGAUCAUCCAGUCGGUAGUGCCGGAUGGCCGAUACUAUCUGAAUAGCACCUGGUCUGUAGACGGUAUUCCGCGUUGCGAUUUUGUUGUCUACUUUACCAAAAGCUAA